AUGGCGCCCGCGGCGGCUGCCAGCUGCUAAGAUGGCGACAUGGGGGCGGUGCUCGCGCUUCCCGGCUGUCCUCUCCCGUCUUCCUCCCGCUGGAAUCGCGGUUCGCGUCGCCGUGCACCGGUUGCCUUUUGGCCCGGGUGGUGGUCCCGGCCGCCUCCCUCCCCGCGCCAUGUGGCUCCUCGGCUGGUGGCAGGUACUGCUGUGGGUGCUGGGGCCUCCCGCCCGCGGCCUGGAGGUUGCAGAGGAAAGUGGUCACUUGUGGUCAGGGGAGCAGCCUGCUCGUCCUCUCCAGGUGGGGGCUGUGUACCUGAGUGACGAGGAGCCCUCCCACGGCCCGAUGGGCCAGGACACGUCAGCGGAAGAGGCUGGCGCAGCGUUGGGGCUGGACAACGAAGGCGACCACGUGGUGAUGUUGUCUGUGAUUCCUGGGGAAGCCGAGGACAAACUGAGCUCCGAGCCCAGCGGCGGCACCUGCGGCGCUGGAAGGGACGAGGACUCGCGGUGUGACCUCAGAGAGGGCCUCUUCUCUCUGGCCGGCGCUGGAGUGAGCUUCCGGGAUAGAGAAGAGGAGGAUUACCCGGAGCCGGAAGUGGCGGAACCGGACCCGGCGCCCACCGAGGACUCCAACCACACCGACAGUCAGAAAUCCCCCAAGGUGAACUGCGAGGAGAGGAAUGUCACGGGACUGGAGAACUUCACCCUGAAAAUUUUAAAUGUGUCACAGGACCUUAUGGAUUUUCUCAACCCCAACGGUAGUGACUGCACGCUAGUUUUGUUCUAUACCCCGUGGUGCCGAUUCUCGGCCACUUUGGCCCCUCAUUUUAAUUCUCUGCCCCGGGCAUUUCCAGCUCUUCAUUUUUUGGCACUGGAUGCAUCUCAGCACAGCAGCCUUUCUACCAGGUUUGGCACCGUAGCCGUUCCCAAUAUCUUGUUAUUUCAAGGAGCUAAACCAAUGGCUAGAUUUAAUCAUACAGACCGAACGUUGGAAACACUGAAAAUCUUCAUUUUUAACCAGACAGGUAUAGAAGCCAAGAAAAAUGUGGUGGUAACUCAAGCUGACCAAAUAGGCCCUCUUCCCAGCACUUUGAUAAAAAGCGUGGACUGGUUGCUUGUAUUUUCUUUAUUCUUUUUAAUUAGUUUUAUUAUGUAUGCUACCAUUCGAACUGAGAGUAUUCGGUGGCUAAUUCCAGGACAAGAGCAGGAGCAUGCGGAGUAGGGAUGAACUGAAAGAAGUUGGAAAGAGGAAUUUCAAUCCUUCAUUUCAGAAAUUAAUGCUGCACUUUCAUUUUCUCCAGUGAAAUGUUGACUUACAACUUCAAAGAAUCAUGUGCGUUUGUUGGACUGUGGAAUGUGUAAAAAAAUUAAAAAUUGGUGUUUUAACUAGUGUUGCAAUGAGCAAAUGCAAAAAUAUUCAAUGGAAUUUACCAUUCUUGUUUUUACUACUUGAACAUAAUCCAGUAUUUUAAGGCAGUAAUCCAGCUUGAAAUGUGAAGAUGUGUUCUGGUGGAAUAGUGGGUAGAAUGACAGUAUGCUUACUGGACAGGAGGCAGAAAGAAGACUUUCAGAUUAUAGUUUUAGAAAACUCUUGAUUCCUUAUAUAUGUCUCAGAAGGUUUUCUAUUCAUUUGUAGUUUCUCUCUCAGAGUCUAUAAGCAGGAAAGUGUUGUGGGAAAAAUAACUAGAAUUGAUAAGUUUGACCUUACAAGUAUCAACUGAUGGGGCAAUAAAAGUCAAAUACCUUGA